AUGGACGCCACUGCCGGCCAAGAAAGUCUGGUGAAGAAAUUGUAUGUCUGUUCAACAACCAAGAACAAGAGGCAAAGAAACAAAAUUGGGAACCCCACAUCAAUCAACCAAACCAAAACGCAACUUAUUGCAAGAUUCCAAACAGGCUGCUUGUUUUUCCUUGAGACCAACUGCGAGAAUUAUUUACAAAAUCUAAUUAAGAGAUAUGACGAAUAA